GCAAACAGUGGCUGUUGCCAAGCGCAACCGCACACACAAGAGCAAACUGAAAAAUCGUCUUCCUCUUGUCUUCCUGUGCUGCCUGCCCUUAUUGCUUGACAUUUUCCACGACCUGAUCCAACACCACUGUUCAACGCGGAGCCACCUGUCGACGACAAGCACCCCUUUCACCACCCCCACACCCAAUCAUGUCUGACCGCAAGGCUGUUGUGAAGAACGCUGACAUGUCUGAGGACAUGCAGCAGGACGCCAUUGACUGUGCCACCCAGGCUCUCGAGAAGUACAACAUCGAGAAGGACAUUGCCGCAUACAUCAAGAAGGAGUUUGACAAGAAGUACAACCCAACGUGGCACUGCAUUGUUGGCCGCAACUUUGGCUCCUACGUGACACACGAGACGAAGCACUUCAUCUACUUCUACCUUGGCCAGGUUGCCAUCCUCCUCUUCAAGUCUGGUUGAGCAAUCGCCAUUCUUCACGUUGUCAUGUACUAGCAACCACCGUCUAUAAGCUGAAUAUACCUUUGUUGUGGUGUGCAUGUGUUUCGUUGUUUGUUACGCUGGUCCGAACAUACACUGCUGUUUUGUGUGCGUGCUCGUGCCAGCCUGCCGUCGUACCGUAAGCGCUCUUGCGCCAAUUGCUCUGCGUGUUCUUCGCUGCACCACGCCCCAACUCCAUCAACAGUGUGUGGCUUGUCGUUGUGCGACAUGUUGUCGAGUCGGAUGACACCAACAUACUCCUUGUGCGUCGUCUCUGUUGUCUCCUUGGCACAGUUGGGGCCUGUUGUUGUCGUCCUUCCCCGCUUGCUGACUGGUAUCCUCUUCUCCGCUCUCUCUUGAUUGUUGUUGUUGUUGAUAAUGAAAGGGCGGUGUUGCCUGGUCUGGUCGUGUGCUGCACCUGUGUAUCAGAAAAGAAACCAAAGAAGCAAAGCAAGCGAUUCAGCAAAACGUGAA